AGUGUCAAGUCUAUCAUCAAGUGCGUCACAAAAUAAAGUCAUUCUACGGCUCGAGUCAAGACCAAUUUUCUGGAUUUCAACUGCUGGAGGACCAAUUGAGUGUUUUUCUUAUCAUAAAGGAAACAAAUUAAUCUACAAUGGAGGAAAUAUUGAACGAAACUGUGCCGCAGUCGGAUUUGGAGAAAUUCGAGAAGAAGUACAACCAGGAAUUGCAGAGCGACAGUCUAACGCACACAACACAGUUCGAAUAUGCCUGGUGUCUGGUGCGGAGUAAUUACACCAAUGAUAUGAAAAGUGGCAUCACACUGCUGGAGGAACUUUGCAAGAAGAACCCGGAGGGCAAGCGCGACUACAUCUACUAUCUGGCCCUCGCGUACACCCGGCUGAAGGAGUACUCGACGGCGAUGAAGUACGUGCAGGCCUUCCUGGAAAUCGAACCCAACAACCAGCAGGUGAUCGUGCUGGAGGAGUACAUCAAGAAGAAAAUCGACAUCGAGGGGCUGAAGGGCGCGGCCAUGGCCGGCGGUGCGGCCCUCGUGUUGGGCGGUAUCCUCGGAAUAGGGUUUGCGCUGGCGAAAAAAUGAAAAUCAGCCGCCAAAAAGUAAAGUCGGUUGGCUGGCUUCCUUUAGCAGGGGGGUUGUUUUCUGAACGGACGCACUUUUUGGGAGAGUGAUUAAAAAUGUGAUGGCUAUAUGGAGAAAUAAACAAAAAUGCACUAAAAUAGCUUUUGGUUUGUCAAUGAGACGAAAUGGUGUAGUUUCAGAGGUAUCUGCAUAUUAGAAACAAAAGUGUUACUGGGAUAUCAAAUGUUGAAGAUUGUACAUAUUCAAUGGAGCUAAAUAAUGACUAGAUGUAAGUAAGCAUUACAAAUAUAUUAUGAGCACCCUUGUACAAA